AUGCUGUCCACUCUCCCCAACGAGCUGCGAUUCCUCAUUAUUUCCUGCCUCCGUCGAAAUGGAUGCAGCCUAGCGAGUCUCGCCGCAACUUCGUGCAUUUGGAGAGAUCUGAUUGAACCCCAAAACUUCGCCCACGUCACCUUGACUCCUUGCCGCCUCCCUAGGUUCAAGCUCAUCGCUCCUUGCAAACGACAUUUUAUCCGGGCCAUAUGGUUCCGCAUAGACCUAGAAGAUACGGGGAAUGCUGUCUGGGAAACCAACUCCAAGCUCAUUGAAUCAGCAUUCCGGAGUUUGUUCUCGACGCUCAGUCUGUGGGACCCGAGCGACGGAGACCUCGCCCUCGACUUGAGUGUCUUUUCGCCUUGGGACACAAAGCCCUGCUUUGCCCACAUACCUCUCAAGCCUGAUCUAACGGACACUCAAUGCGACCACGAUCAAGAGCUAGGCCUGCCAGCUGGGAUAGUACAUAAUUUGGCGCCGACUGCUUCGCAGCUUAAGCGAGCGUUUGACCAAGUUCCGGGUUACUUUACCGACGAGAUGCCAUUCCCAUCGGUCCCGGUAAUAACUAGUGUAAAUUUACGUCAACAAAAUCGCUUGCAGUGGCUGCCAUUUGAUCUCGCGUCCUUAUUUUCGCAAAUGCCUCGACUCGAGCAGGUCCAUUAUGAGCCAUGGAGGGCGUGGAGUGCUGAGAAGCAGUUGUCAAUGGAUGAAGAGUAUACCGCCAUAACAUGCGAGGACUUUACACCUGCCUUACGGCGCCUCAUAGUUUCGGAAAACUUCAGCGAACACUACAUGGCUAUUAUGCAAGCCUCAUCUCCUCGCGAACACCGGCAUCAACUCUUAACCCAAACCUUCGCCCACCAAAGUCUCAAGCUUGAGAUGCUUUCGGUAUCGUUUAUGGUUGAGGCCAGCAAUUUUUUCGACCAGUGCAAACCGUCCUGGACAUGGCCGGAUCUGACCUCACUUACCUUGACUUCACAGCUGUUGACGCCGUCGGCUGACGCUAAUGGUUUAUUUAGGAGAGGAGCAGAGGUAGCGAUGCAGAUGCCGCACCUAAAAACCAUGGAGAUAUGGAACGGAAGGGCUGGACUAGCAGGGAUGUUCCAAUAUCGCCUAGAGCCUGGUCUCAUCAUUUGGAAGGGUACAUGGAACUUGAAACUCGAGGAUUAUGCUAUCCAGGCCUGGCAGGCUGUCGCGUCGUUGCAUGGUGUCGAGCUGCAUGUUUGGCAGGAGAUGCUUGACGAGACCAAGAUGACUUGUGUGGGUAGUGCUGUGCAUUAUCUCGGUCACUCCGAGCGAGUUUUUCGUCCUGUGUCUUUACGACAGGUUCGAAUUCACGAAUUCGAAGAAGUGAAAGGGUUAUAG